AUGGCAUCAUCUAUUCCUCAGUUAUACGGCGCUGAUUUCACAGCAUUUUCCGGCGAGACUUCUUCGCAGUUUCACGGCUCUUCUUCAUGUCCUGACGUGGACUCAGCGUUAUAUAGCUACCUUGACGACUGUUAUGGCUCCUUCAACACCUCUUCUUCUAAUCCAGCAGAAUCCAUCUUCUUACCCCAACUUUUUGGAAUCUCUGACGUCUCUGCGCCGCCUGAUGAAUACAACAACUAUUACCAGAAAAUGAGUGUGAAUAAUAAUGCUACACAAUACUUUCACGGUGGGGAUCAAGAAUACUACGGUUUUUCACCGGAGAUCAAGCCCUCGUUCCGUCCGGCCACAGGAGAGCAAUCAUGGGGAAAUAGUGAAGGAGGGAUACAAGCUGAGCCAAACAUAAAAGUGGGACGCUAUUCGGUGGAGGAACGUAAAGACAGGAUCAUGAGGUACUUGAAGAAAAAGAACCAACGCAACUUCAAUAAGACCAUCAAGUAUGUUUGCCGUAAAACCCUAGCCGACCGGCGUGUUCGCGUUCGGGGACGAUUUGCCAGAAACAAUGACACAUGCGAAGAACAAUCUCCCAUGUCUAAGAAUCACAACAACCAUUCUGAAAAAGAGGAAGAUAUGUUUUCAGGAUCAGACGACUAUCUGAUCCAGAUGGAACACGAUGACGGAUGGCUUCACGAAGCAAUGUCCAACCUCAUCCCUUUUCCUUGUGAAUUUGACGCACCUGGAGAUGCUCAUCAUUCAAACACUUGGAGCUUCUGA